AUGGCGUCUGAACCUUUUCAACUGAGCGAGGUGUUGGCCAUUGCCAAAGCCCAUCCCUUCUACGUGCAGGACAUUCAAUAUCCUCCCGACCAAAAGACCGUUCAGGCGCUGAGAGGAAAGGCAAAGAAUGAGGAAUGUGCAGCAAACGAUGGCUUGUCUUCGCGGCCCAUCAUAUGGAAGAAGGACCUCUACAACACCAUCCAGCGCCUCGUCAACGAUGCUGAUCCUCAUAAUACGUAUCGUCAGAGCGUAUAUGCGAGCAUCACCGGCGGAGGCUUUGGUUCGAAGCCGCUGUUCUUUGGGACGGACGUGUUCGAGAACCGCAGGCAAAGGGCGCAUUUCGGGCAGUUCCUCAGGACGAUUGGGGUCCUCGGACCUGGAGAUUGGGCGCUGACGACUCAUUGUGCGGGUGAGCUCUACAGGUCUUUGGAUCUCAUGCUUGAAAUCAUGGAAAAUGCCGGGGCCUCGGUUCUCAGCGCCGGCAACUUCAUGCCUCCCCACGAAGUUGCCAAACUGCUGGCCAAAUACCAUAUCAACGUGCUGGUUGGAGACAGCGGCCAGAUUGUCCAGAUGGUGCACCACAUCUCGACCCUCACCGAGGAGGAGCGCGCUCUCAUCAAGCUUGAUAAGAUUAUCUACACCUCCGAGGUGCUCACGUCCGCGCAGAGAGCACACAUCAAGGACACGCUCAAGUCCGUCAAGAUCUAUUCCAUCCUGGGCAGUGCAGAGGCCGGGCCGUGGGCGGCAAGCAGCCCCGACAUUACCGGGCGCGAGAGCACGACGAGCGAGGAGGACCUGAUUUUUGACACGAGGGCGAUGCUGCUCGAGGUCUUUCCGUCGUCGCUUGCUCCGGGCGAUGAGACUGCUCAGCCGCUGCUUGAAGGAGAGUCGGGUAUGGUUGUGCAGACGUCGCUUUCGCGUCUGCGAAAUCCGCUAGUAAGAUAUGUUACUGGCGAUAUUGGAUCGGUUCAUCGUCUGCCUGAGUCUUCACGGGACAAGAUUCCCGCGGAAGACUGGCCGUAUCUUCGCAUUCUUCGACUGCAAGGGCGUGACAGGCGAGUCAGCUUUGACUGGGACGGGGAGUACAUCCAGUUUGAGGACAUGGCCGCAUUGCUGAACAAUGAAGAGUGCGGCGUCUUGCAGUGGCAGAUCAUUCUGGACAAGUUGGAGCCGUCGCUGGAGUCGUGUUUGGAGGUUCGGCUGAUGUGCUCGCCGCGGACGUCGAGGGUGCUUUCGCAGGAGGCGCUGAUUGCGCGGAUCAAGAAGUUUUUGCAUGUUAAUUCGACGAAUGAGCAUCGGUUCAAGACUACUUUUGUUGAGGAGCUGGAUGGCUUUGUGAGGAGCACGACUGGGCGAAAGGUUAUCAAGUUUGUUAACCGGUAUAACUAG